AUGGACGAAGCUGGCAGUUCUGGUUCAGCGGAAUUUGAAGACUUUGAUGACGAUGAACUCUGGCGAGCAGAGGAGGCCACCGCAGAUGCGGAGCAGCGCUGGGCUGAGGAGGCUCUGGCUGAGGUGCAGGCAGCAGAGGAGUUGGCCAUGGAGGAAGUGGAAGCCCAAGAGGAUCUCUGGAUGGCUGAAGCAGCUGAAGCCGAUACGAUCGAUGAGGCAUGGAUGGAACCUGACCACAGUGACUUCGUGGAGUCCUUGGAUCAGUUUGAAGAUGCCUUAGAGUCGCUAGAGCACGACCCCUACGAUAUGGGCGAUUCUGAUGAUGAUAUCUCCCUGGCUGAUUUCGAAGUAGCACAGCCGGACCCCAUUCGAGAUUUCAAUGACUGGGGCAGCGACCCGGAAGGUGCAGCCAAAGCAGCUGCACGAGCCAUGACUUUGACGUGGCAGAAAAGCUGGGAGAUUCCCAAGAUGCCUUUGGGCACUGCAGAACUGUGGCGAUUUGGGCCCAACGGACCUCCCAUGAAUGUCAUGGACACGUGCUCAGUGUCCCAAACGUUGUGGAUCGCCAAUCAGCAAGAUCUCUUUGGAUUUGAGCUGGCUGCUUUGGAAGCUGAUCAAAACCUGAGCAAUGACAUCCACUUCGCCCACUUUUCCUCUUCCAAUGGCCAAGUGAACCGGAUCCGUUGCGGUCAGCUGGGGCAGCAGUCUGUGGUGGUGGCAGUGGAUGCCGCAGGAGGUGUGUUGGUGGCACCAUCGCAGGUCGACUCUAAGCUGCCACCAUUGAAGCUGCUGAACGUGGCGCAUAACAUGGAACAGGGCACCUCCACUUGGGGCAUUGGACUGCCACCUCCUGAAGAUGGAGAUGAUGCUGGUCCACUGCUGGUCUCUGCCAAUGACCACUGGUUGAAGGCCUGGUGGCCCAGCCCUGGAACCAGCUCCACAAGCCGUGGUUCUCGCGGGCAGAGCUGGCAGCUGCAACAGGCGAAAGGACGAACAGCACCAGACAAGUCACCGAUCCCCGUUUGGCAUUUUGGAGAGAACCUUCCAUCAAUUGAUGUCAUGCACAAGCGCGCCAUUGUGGCCUCCUUGGGUGGAGAGGUCUCGGUGCUGAAUUUGCUGCCGCCCUCACAGUUGGACCCUGCACCGGAAACUCCAGCUGAAGUGCACAUCAUUGAGGAGCUUCCCCAACUGGACCAAGAUCUCAGCUGCAAACAUCCCCCGCGCUGGCCGCUGCACGAUGAUCCCAAGACUGUGCGCUGCUUUGGCCAUGCUGAGAGCAGGAGAGUUUGGAAUGUUUGCUGGAUCCCGCUGCGAAGUAUCCGUACCAUUUCCAGCGAAGUAUCCGCUCUGGGAGGCUCCAUGAACGAGAACAACACCCUGGAAUGGACCGCUCGACCCUCUGGCAGUGCAGUGCCUGCAGAGAUCAUUCGCAAUGUCUUGAGCCUACUGGGGCCACAGGAGUUGCUACAGCGCGUGCAGAUCCUCAAUCGUCAACAUGCCCAUCUUGCACAGGAACAGGUGCUUUCCAGCAAACGCACAGAGCAGAUGGCAUUAAUCUUCUCAGAGAAUACAGUGUGGCUAACGGAUGGAUGCUUGAACAUGCGCUGCAAGCUGACUCUGCCCUUCAACGGUGCCUUUGCCCACGUGGUGCACAUGCCGGGCCUCAGUGCGGUCAUCAUCUCCACCAAGAUGGGCUCUCCGACCUAUCCGCUGGCGGCCGUCACGGUGCUGAGACGCCAACGCUCUCUGCGCUUUGAGCUACGCGUGAGGGAUCUGGCAGUGGAAACUGACUUCCGCGACUUGGGCUGGCCGCGCAACAUCAUCGUGGGCAUGGCCGCAGUGGAGGAUCGGCUCUUCAUCUUGUACAGCAGUUGCCGCUUGGUAUGCCACCACUUGGCCUUGGAGAACCGUCCCCAGAGGCAACAACUGGCACGCAGACGGAUCUUGGGCCGACUACGAGUGACCAAGCAAGUCUAUGAGGCUUUACCGGAAAUCGCCACAAGUCGGCUCAUUGCUGCACAGUGCAUGGAGCAAAAGGCGGAGGCAACUUCUGAGCAGGUGUCUUGGCGCACCCAACGCGUCCGUCCUCGCGAAGUUUUUCAACCAGAGGUUACGCAGCUGCCUGGUGAAGUGAAAGAAGUGUCCUGCUGCCACUUGGACGUGUCUCCCUGUGGGAACUUUGUCUUGGCGUCCUUCUCGGAUGGAGCUGUGGACAUGCUGGACUUUCCCAUGCUCUCCCGACUCACGCAGCUGCAAUAUGCUCAGCCAUGCCCAGUGGCAAAGCAGAAAGGGAUCUUUGUUUGGAGAGCCACUGUGACGCAGCGGGCAUAUGACACCAAUGUCUAUGUGAUCAGUCGUGCUGCACAUCCCUGGGAGGUGGUGCUUCAUGAAGUCUACCCCCUGGGAAACUCCUUCGUGAAAGCUGUGAAGUCGGAGUUUGCCUUGGCCAAAGUAUGCCAGGCUGCCGGAGGCUUCUUGACGGAUUUCUGCGUCCAUCCAUCUCAGCUGUAUUUGGUGGCAGCAGCCGUGCUGCCAUCUAGUGACGCAAGGUCGAUUCUGCUGGUCUACGACCUUUGGUCUGGGGAACUGCUGAAAUCCUGCGAAAUCUUCACUUCGCUGUUGGUUGCACCCAGGGUACCUUUGCAUCCAAGUCUCUGCAUGGAUUGCAGUGGAAGCUAUAUUUUCUGCGCAUCUACACCAGCACCUAUGGGACCUUUGGAUUUGCAGUUCGAUCGAGGUUCCCCUCCCAUUGGCCUUUCGGGGUGCAGCGAUCUGCUGCACUCGGAUUGCUGGCAGAAGUCCAGUGCGGAGUUGAUCGCGGAGUCCACGUCAGUUGUUUGCGCGGUGGACUUCGCUUCUGGGGAGCCUUGCUACCAGGCUAGCAUCAAUGCGAGUUGCAUCAGCUUAGGGGCCAGAGAUGGCACCAUUUCGGUGUGGCAACCUCCUCCCAGCAUCUCUGCACGCAUUCGCUCACUGCUGGAAGAGAGUCUGGAGGUUUUUGACAAGGUCGAGGGUGCUGCUAGCCGCGACUCUGGCUCUUUGUCACCUCCUUUGUCCCAAGUGGAGGAGGCCGUAUCCUUCCUAUGGGCCACCAAGCUCCGGGCUGCCAUCGAUUGGUCCCACUGGGGUGAAGCUGCUCCCUCCGACGUCCAACCCAUGUUGCCCUUGGCCCCCUCCGCACCGUUGGCCCCGUUGGCUCCGUUGGGUUCGGUGCCACAGUGGCCUACGACUCGGCCGGAGGUGGAUGUGGUGGUCCAAGCCAGACAGCAGUGGGCUGAAAGCUGUGGACAGCCACCAGCACCAGCUGCACCACCUCUACCACCUGUCAGCUCGAGACCGGUGCUGCCUGGUAGCCUGCAACUGGGGCAGCCCAUGGGUGGCCUUGGCGAUACGCAACGGCAACUUCAAAGAGAGGAGCCAGAGAUAGAUCCCGUUUCUGGUUUGGAAGUGUUCGAAAUGCCAUCCCCAACGGCACGGCGCCACGGCCCGCACCUGGAGCUCUCGCAGCUGGCAACGCGUGCGCCGGAGCCGGCUGAGCUGCUGGGUCCUGCACCGGAGCUGCGCGAGGAAUUUGGGACCCAAGCGGAACACUUCCAGGAUCCGGUGCCUUCCACAAAGCCUUCCUUUCCAAGGCCGUUGACCGUUCCACGGCCCGCAUCAGUGGCUGGACUGACAGCCAUCCCGGCGGCCUUGUUGGAGCUGAAACCAUGGCGAAGGUCGGUGAAGGGAGGCCCUCCAGUGCCAGAGGAUUUGGUGAAGUCUGUCAUUUCGGAACUUGAUCGAUUUGAAAGCUGCUUCCCUGAUGCCCAGGUGACUGGCGCCAUCUGGCGCCUAUGGCUGACCAGGAUGGCUGUAACGCCGGCAAAGCCUCUGCAGCCCAUGCGAGCCGUGCCAGCCACAGUGCUAGGCUCCUCCAAUUGGGCCAUCAACUCACGCCCGCUCCAUGCAGGCCCACAAUUGCCAGAGAAGAGGAGGGUGCAAAUUCCACGUGCAUGGUCGCAGCCAGUGCCUCCAGCCAGGUGUAUCCCGGUCAUCCCUGCGAAUCGCGUGGCGGUGACGUCUGAAGGUGACAAGGCACACAGCACAUCUCCACGACGGCUCUCUUCCAGGGCGGAAGAUUGGAGGAGGUGCAUGCGGCAGCUCAACAUCAUCAGAGAUGCUUUGAAGAUUUGGCCUUCUGCGUCCACUGAGUUGGCCCUCCAAGAAGCCCUGGACUUUGCAUCGCGCUGCGGGCAGAAAAGUGACUCCUGGACUGCCCAGGAAUUGAGAUGCUUCGGCUUGAGGAUGUUGGCAACUCAUGGCUUAGAAGCAGUUGAUUGGCCAGCAGGCCAAUGGCUGUCCAUGUUGCACACAGUUGACCAUGAGCCUGGCAAGAACAAUGAUCGCACCACCAUCGAGCCGCUCCGAAGUGAGGAUGCCGCGAAGCUUGGCAAGUUGGCCUUUCAAACCUUGCAGACACAGCUGGAAACAGAGGUGAGGCGUUUUGGUAAUUCUGAAAGCACCACUGCAGUGGUAUCACCCAGCAGCAUCUCCAGCAGUGGUACCUGGCAGACCAUGGGCGCAGCUGGUCCCUAUGUGCAGAUUAUUGGCAAUGUCCCGCAAUCUGCUCGAAGACUGAAGGCAAGUCCUCGAAAUCGUGAACGACCAAUGGUUGGAGGAGCCUCGGGCGUCGGACCCAUGGGGCCGAUGCCGGCGCCGGAGCCUGUGCAGCCUGCCGUGGUGCCGGUGGCGUGCAGGCCCAACAGCAGCCUGAGCAUCGAGACGGAGCUGGCGCAGCUGCGCCAGGAGAUCGCCACGGAACGCCUGGAGCGACAGGACUUGGCGCGGCUGGUGGACUCCUUAGUGAAGGAGAGGCAAGCCAUAGCAGUUCCAAAACGUCGAUGCGACGAUAGCAAGGGGCAAGAAUGGCUGCCGGGCUUUCGGCCUUUGGAGGAACCUGAUUUUCAUCGAAACGAUGCCAUCGCAGAGGAGGAUGGCGACCGCACCCUGGACAUCAGUUUCUUCCAGCGUGAACCGCAGGAAGCCCUACCAGCAACGCCGUCAGCGGUGACGGAAGCACCACCCCAAGCGCCAGGCUGCUCCUAUCGCAGCCCUGCACUCCCACUGGAUGUGCCAGUGAAGGAUUCCCUACUGGCGGAUGCCUCUGCGGCCCUGGAUCGGCUGGAAGAGAUCCUGGGAGGCGACCGGCCGCCUGAAGCGUCUGAAGCCGUUGCCGUUGAGGUGGUGCCUAAGGGAUCUCCGGGCUUCAACCUGGAACGAGAGACCCAUGACUCACAGGACCUGCAGUUCUAUCGCCGCAGGUGUUUGGAGUUGGCUGAAGAGGUACAAAAGCGUGAAGCUGAACUUAUCCAGCUUCGACAGGCACUUCAGGAGGCUUCACAAGCGGCAUCCUGA